ACCUUUGCCCUUUUGAACCAGGCAGUGAUUUCUGAUUUACAGCUUACGACUGCAAACUACAAACCACAGGUCUCAACCAACACGUCGGAACAACAAGUAACCACGUCGGAACAACAAUUAACCAUGGCGGAUGAAACAUCGGGGUCGCGGACAGUGUUUCCGUGUAAUACGUGUUCGCUUUCUUUUGCGAAUAGUGGGCUCCAGAGGAGCCAUAUGAGAGGAGCGUGGCAUAUUCAUAAUCUCCAACGCAAAGUAUCAGGGCUACCAGCGCUAUCCGAACUGGACUUUGCCGAGCGCGAAGACGAGUGCGCGAAAGAUACUAGGGAAAAGAGUCGAUGGAACGACAGUCAGAGUGCUAGCUCAACAGCGCAAAGACGCAUUGAUGGGGUUCAUCAGGAGACCAGCGAGACUGCGGAUUCAGAUGCCGACAGCGACGACUACUCCAGCACUUCUUCCGCUUUCCAGAACGACGAUGACCAUGACUCGGAACCAGCGCUCUCAACAGCAAAAUGUCUCUUUUGCCCACUCUCAUUCCCACAGACCCAGGAAAACCUGACACACAUGUGCACAGCACACAGUUUCUUCAUCCCGUCAGCACCCGUAAACCUCUCCAUCGAGCCCCUGCUUUCCUACCUCGCUCAGCUCGUCUUUUCGCACCACGAAUGCAUUUGCUGCGGACGCACCAAGGCAAAUGUGUACAGUGUGCAGAGCCACAUGCGAGACACAGGGCACUGCCGGCUCGACGGAAAAGAUUAUGCCGAAUUUCUGUGUGAAGACAGGUGUGAGGUUGAAGAGGACGAAGAAGAAGAGGAGAUGGUAGAAGACGGAGAAGCGGGGGAUAAAGUGAGGAUGCUGGGUCUAACGGAAAUGCGAUUGCCGUCGGGUGUAGUCGUGAAUUCUCGACUUCAUAACAGUAUACAUGAUGGGGAAAUGCGGCGGAAUAGACCCAGGACGGCGCAUAUACGGCUGAAAACCUCAUCGCAGCAGCAGCAGCAGCAGCCGAGAGCCGUGGCAACUGCUACUUCACCUUGCACCGCUACACCCACUCCUAGCGCAGCGCAAACCCAAGCUCUCGCACUCUCUCCCCUCGCACACUCUAUUUCCUUCCCGGAGCCACCUACAACGUCGCUGGUGCCGAAUACACGCAAGCAAGAUCUCAGUUUAUCCGGACUAUCGGCGGAGCAGCUGCGCAGUCUCGUGACGCUGGACAAGAAGAUGCGGCGGCAGGAAGUCAGUGCGAGGAAUAAGUUUAGAGAUGCGGCCAUGAGACAGCCGGUGAAGACGAUUUACUACAAGACGGAGAAUCCGGUGUACCAGGCGGGGUGACUUGGUGGCUGAAUGUGUUGAUAAGGAUGGAAGGGAUGAUGGCGGUAGCAGAGAAGCAUCUGUGUAGUUAGUGUUGAGAAAUAAAUGGAGAUAUG